CGGCGUGGCGAGGAGCCCACUUCCGGUCGGCGGAGCGGGAGGGGAGAGCGGGCGGCGGCGGCAGCGGUCACCAUGAGCACCCCGCAGCUCCUCCUCUGCCUGUCCCUCUGGGUGGCCUGCGUGUGGGCCAAGCCCACGGAGAAGAAGGAGCGGGUGCACCACGAGGCGCAGCUCAGCGACAAGGUGCACGACGACGCCCAGAGCUUCGACUACGACCACGACGCCUUCCUGGGCGCCGACGAGGCCAAGACCUUCGACCAGCUGACGCCGGAGGAGAGCAAGGAGAGGCUGGGGUAAGGGAAAA